AUGGGUUUUGGGAGUGCCAGUGAUAACCAGCCCGGUCAGAGGAAGGAGAUGGAGUUCUGCUCGGGCUCCUGCUACGCCAUGCACAUCCUGCAGGUUCUCAACUCGUACCGGCGGAGCGGCAUCUUCACGGACGUGGUGCUGCAGGUGGACGGGAGCGAGUUCCCCUGCCACCGUGCUGCGCUCAGCGCCAGCAGCCCCUACUUCCGCACCAUGUUCCACAGCCCCAUGCGCGAGAGCCAGCAGCGCCUGGUGAGGAUCCAGGGCGUCUCGGCCGCCGCCAUGGAGAACGUGCUCAACUUCAUGUACGAGGGCAGGGUGGACGUGGACGAGGGGAACGUGGAGAGCGUCUUCACCGCCGCCGACCUGCUGGGCGUGACCGUGCUGAGCAAGGCCUGUGUCCGGUUCCUGGAGAGCCGGGUGGACCACUCCAACUGCCUGGGCAUCAUGGACUUCGCCAGCUCCUACUUCAUCCACCCGCUGGCCGAGCAGUGCCAGAGGCUGCUCUACCAGGACUUUGUGGAGGUCUACAAGCACGAGGAGUUCCUCAGCCUGUCCAAGGAGCGCAUCAUGGAGCUGCUGUCCUGUGAGCAGCUCCGGGUCAACCGCGAGGAGGUGCUGGUGGAGGCCGUGCUCAAGUGGGUGCACCACGACCCCAGCGGCAGGAGGGCCGCGCUGAAGGCCCUGCUGGGGCUGCUGCGCUUGCCCCUAGUGGACCCCGUCUUUUUUGUCAACACCGUUGAGGCCGACAAUCUUGUCCAGGAUUGCGCUGAGUGCCGGCCCCUGCUGCAGGAGGUCAGGAAGUACCAUGCCUUCGGGAAAGAAGUCAACUCUGCACGGACGCAGCCCAGAAGGUCAUCGGGGAGAAUGGAGGUGAUCGUGGUGAUUGGCGGCUGUGACAUGAAAGGAUACUCCAGGUUGUCCUUCACCGAGAAGUUCAUCCCUCAGACCAAAGAGUGGGUUGCAGCUGCUUCUAUCCCGGGAUACUCCAAGUCUGAGUUUGCAGCCUGCCAGUUUCAGAAUGACAUCUAUGUGUCAGGAGGUCAGCUUAACAGCUCAGAUGUUUGGAGAUACAUGUCACAGCUGGACCACUGGGUCCGUGUUGCCUGUUUGAACAAGGGCAGGUGGCGACACAAGAUGGCUGCCCUCCAAGGGAAGCUGUAUGUAGUGGGUGGUUACAAUGGCCAGGAGAGGCUGUCCAGCGUGGAGUGCUACAGCUCCUAUGAUAAUGAGUGGGAGGCCGUGGCUCCUCUGCUCCUGCCUGUGAGCUCUGCUGCAUUGGUGGGCUGUGCUGGGAAGCUGUAUGCAAUUGGAGGGGCAAUAAGUGAGGACACCAAUACAAACAAGGUGCAGUGCUAUGAUCCCACAGAGGACCAGUGGAGCUAUGUGGCUUCCAGCCCUUUUGCUCAAAGGUGCAUUAAUGCCACAUCACUCAACAACACCAUAUAUGUGAUGGGCGGCCUGUUGGACAAGAUCUACAGUUACUGUCCAAAAACAGACACCUGGAGUAAAGUUGCAGACUUGCCUGUGAAAGUGGAGAGCUGCGGCUUCACUGUGUGCGGUGGCAAGAUCUACAUGCUGGGAGGGCGAGACGAGUGCGGCUGUGGCACUGACAGGGUGCUGGUCUUCAGCCCGGAGAGCGGGGAGCUGACGGAGGAGCCGCCCAUGUCACGCAGCGUCAGCUACCACGGCUGCGUCACCAUCACUCAGCGGCUCCCGCACAAGCCCUGACCCCAAACCAGGCCUGUGAGCGCGCCUGUCUUUCCACUAGCUGUUCCAGGCCCUUCCUGCAGGCUCACUGCUGGGAGAGCUGUUCAGUUGUCCCCUACACUAAAACUUAAAGACGCAAGUGGAUCCUUGCCCCCCAUCGCUUCUGAAAAAUCACCCCUGCACACGUGUGUCCUGCAAACUUUAAAUAGCAACCCAUUCAUUGAGGUAAGAGGCAAACAGGUGUGUCCUGCAUAUGUUAAAUGCCUACCUAUUCAUUUAGGCACACAGGCCUAAAUUUAUUACAUUACUCAAGUUAUACAUACAUUCAUCAAGUUAUUUUAUGACACAUGUCAUAUGACACGUGUUCCCAGCAUGUUCUACAUGUCAUU